UCGAGUGGGAGUCGAAUCUUCUCCGGAACCGUUUGCUUUCAUUUCUGCACGAGCCUGUAGCGCGCCGUUUCCUUCUCGACGCUUCGUACCAAAACAAACGUCGCACGACGCGCUUCAAUCCCGCAUCUUCGAGGGAUUAUUCGGUGUUUUGUGUCAAACGGUGGUGAAUAAAGGUGGGAAUAAGAUGAGUGUGGAGGCGUACGGGCCGAGCUCACAGACGCUCACCUUCCUGGACACGGAGGAAGCGGAGCUGCUCGGGGCCGACACGCAGGGCUCCGAGUUUGAGUUCACCGACUUUACGUUGCCUAGUCAGACCCAGACGCAGGGCCAGACCCAGAGCCAGCUCGACAACCAGGUGAAUGGACCUGAUGGAGUUCUGCCCAAUGGAGAGGAUGCAGUGGUGAAGACCAGCCAACUUCUGGCCGAGCUGAACUUUGAGGAGGACGAGGAAGACACUUACUACACUAAAGACCUGCCGGUGCACGCCUGCAGUUAUUGUGGCAUCCACGACCCAGCAUGUGUGGUCUAUUGCAACACCAGCAAAAAGUGGUUUUGCAACGGCCGCGGUAACACUUCUGGCAGUCAUAUUGUGAACCAUUUAGUGAGGGCCAAAUGUAAGGAGGUGACCCUGCAUAAGGACGGCCCGCUGGGCGAGACUGUUCUAGAGUGCUAUAACUGCGGCUGUCGUAACGUCUUCCUGCUCGGCUUCAUCCCGGCUAAAGCAGAUUCUGUUGUGGUGCUACUGUGCAGGCAGCCGUGUGCCAGUCAGAGCAGUCUGAAGGACAUUAAUUGGGACAGCUCUCAAUGGCAGCCCCUCAUUCAGGACCGCUGCUUUCUGUCAUGGCUGGUGAAGAUCCCAUCCGAGCAGGAGCAGCUAAGGGCCCGGCAGAUCACAGCCCAGCAGAUCAACAAACUCGAGGAGCUGUGGAAGGAAAACCCGACGGCCACCCUGGAAGAUCUGGAGAAACCCGGAGUGGAUGAGGAACCUCAGCACGUUCUGCUGCGAUAUGAAGAUGCCUAUCAGUACCAGAACAUUUUCGGACCGCUUGUCAAACUAGAGGCUGAUUAUGACAAGAAACUUAAAGAGUCCCAAACUCAAGACAAUAUAACUGUCAGGUGGGAUUUGGGACUGAAUAAAAAGCGGAUAGCUUAUUUCACCUUGCCCAAGACGGAUUCAGGUGACAUGCGACUGAUGCAGGGUGAUGAGAUCUGUCUGCGCUAUAAAGGAGACAUGGCUGCACUCUGGAAAGGGAUCGGACACGUCAUCAAAGUCCCCGACAAUUAUGGUGAUGAAAUCGCCAUCGAGCUGCGGAGCAGUGCUGGAGCUCCUGUGGAGGUGCCCCACAACUUCCAGGUGGACUUUGUCUGGAAGUCUACAUCUUUUGACCGAAUGCAGAGUGCCCUCAAGACGUUUGCUGUGGAUGAGACGUCUGUGUCUGGCUACAUCUACCACAAGUUGCUGGGUCACGAGGUAGAGGAUGUCAUCAUCAAAUGCCAACUGCCCAAACGCUUCACUGCGCAAGGACUGCCAGAUCUCAACCACUCACAGGUUUACGCUGUGAAGACUGUUCUGCAGAGACCCCUCAGUCUGAUCCAAGGACCACCAGGAACCGGCAAGACUGUGACCUCCGCCACCAUCGUCUAUCAUCUGGCCAGACAGGGCAAUGGACCAGUGCUGGUGUGUGCUCCCAGUAACAUUGCGGUGGACCAACUAACUGAGAAGAUCCAUCAGACAGGCCUGAAGGUGGUGCGUCUGUGUGCUAAGAGUCGUGAGGCCAUAGACUCGCCUGUGUCCUUCCUGGCUCUGCACAACCAGAUCCGCAACAUGGACAGCAUGCCAGAGUUGCAGAAAUUGCAGCAGCUGAAGGAUGAGACUGGCGAGCUGUCGUCAUCUGACGAGAAACGAUACCGAGCUCUCAAGCGAACCGCAGAGAGAGAACUGCUCAUGAACGCAGAUGUGAUCUGUUGCACAUGUGUGGGGGCUGGCGAUCCUCGACUGGCGAAGAUGCAGUUCCGCUCCAUUCUCAUCGAUGAGAGCACCCAGGCCACAGAGCCCGAGUGCAUGGUGCCAGUGGUGCUCGGGGCCAAACAACUGAUUCUGGUGGGCGAUCACUGUCAGCUGGGUCCUGUGGUCAUGUGUAAGAAAGCAGCUAAAGCGGGACUGUCUCAGUCUCUGUUCGAGAGGCUGGUGGUUCUGGGUAUCAGACCCAUCCGUCUGCAGGUGCAGUAUCGUAUGCAUCCAGCGCUCAGUGCUUUCCCCUCCAACAUCUUCUACGAGGGAUCACUGCAGAACGGAGUCACUGCCGCUGACCGCAUCAAGAAAGGCUUUGACUUCCAGUGGCCUCAGCCGGAUAAGCCCAUGUUCUUCUAUGUGACUCAGGGCCAGGAGGAGAUCGCUAGCUCUGGAACCUCCUACCUCAACAGAACUGAAGCGGCUAAUGUGGAGAAGAUAACUACCCGUCUACUGAAGGCUGGAGCCAAACCCGACCAGAUCGGCAUCAUCACCCCGUACGAGGGCCAGCGCUCCUACCUGGUCCAGUACAUGCAGUUCAGCGGCUCACUCCACACCAAACUUUACCAGGAGGUGGAGAUUGCCAGCGUUGAUGCAUUCCAGGGCAGAGAGAAGGACUUUAUCAUCCUGUCUUGCGUCAGAGCUAAUGAACAUCAGGGCAUUGGUUUCCUGAACGACCCACGCCGUCUCAAUGUGGCACUCACCAGAGCCAGGUAUGGCGUGAUCAUCGUGGGCAAUCCUAAAGCUCUCUCCAAACAGCCUCUCUGGAACCAUCUGCUGAACUAUUAUAAAGAGCAGAAGGUCCUGGUGGAGGGACCGCUCAACAACCUGAGAGAGAGUCUCAUGCAGUUCAGUAAACCACGCAAGCUGGUGAACACCAUCAACCCUGGUGCCCGUUUCAUGAGCACUGCCAUGUAUGAUGCGAGAGAGGCCAUGAUUCCUGGAUCUGUGUAUGACCGCAGUAGCACCGGACGUCCAUCUAACAUGUACUUCCAGACCCACGACCAGGUUGGAAUGAUCGGCACUGGGGGGAACCCGAUGGGCUCCAUGAACAUCCCCAUCCCAUUCAACCUGGUCAUGCCACCCAUGCCUCCGCCCGGGUACCUGGGCCAGGUGAAUGGACCGGCUGCAGGUCGUGGUGCACCCAAAAGUAAGACCGGGGGCCGCGGAGGUCGUCAGAGGAACCGCGGCACAGGUAACCACGGUAGCGGGCAGGCCAACAUGCCGAGCAGUCAGGCGAGUCAGGACCUGGUGUCGCAGCCUUUCUCUCAGGGUCCUCUGACCCAGGGCUACAUCACCAUGAGCCAGCCGUCACAGAUGAGUCAGCCUGGACUGUCUCAGCCCGAGCUCUCACAGGACAGCUAUCUUGGCGAUGAGUUCAAGUCCCAGAUGGAUGUGGCGCUCUCCCAGGAUUCCACCUAUCAGGGUGAACGGGCUUAUCAACAUGGAGGAGUGACUGGACUCUCACAGUACUAGAGUGUUGUUGGAACAGGAGCUAGGCCUGUGCUGAGCUUAGUUCAUCAGCAUUUUAAAUAUGGGUAAAUAUAAAAAAAGAACAAACAUGGAUGCCCGUUUACCACUGUUACAACUGAAGCACCAUGAUGUGGGAGCAACAGGAGAGAAUCUAACCAAUCACAGGAGGGAGUGAAGCUGGACAGGAGGAGAAGAGAACGUGAGAAUGGAGGUCUACAUCCACCAUUCGUUGAGGACGGGGAGGAGAGGGGAGACGCAGUGUUAGGAGGAGACGAACCGCGAGAUCUUCGAUCUACAACUCCGCAACGUGGAGGAGGCUCCUAGAGUGCAGGGGCCCUCCCGGGCCCCUCUAUAUCUCUCUCUCUCUCUCUCUCUCGCCUCUCUCGCCUGGCUGUGAAACGCCAGCCUCAGGCCUUGCCCUGCCAACCAGAGACGGAGCAAAGAUGAAGUUCUCUUAAAACUACCUGCAAAAAACCACGCGUGCUCUGUCAUCUCCACGAGCUGAGAGAGGGGGUGACGUAUCUAAAAAUAAUUACAAACGCUUUUCAAGCAGCUGAUUUUGGGAAAAUCGAGUUCCCCUCAAAGUUGAGAUCUAA